AUAACAACACUCGGAGCGGAGGCUCAGGCUAUUUGUUGCUGCGCCGCCACCGCCCGACCCAUGGUAUGUUCUUUUCUCGGGCUCUGUUAGCAGCAGCCGCCGCCGCCGCCCUGUGAUUUCUGGCCUUACCUCCUCCUUCUACUCUUGCUGAGCCACUUUUCCUCGUAGUGCUAUGACCGUCGUUUCUGUCCCACAGCGGGAGCCGCUUGUUCUGGGCGGCCGCCUUGCGCCCAUGGGUUUUUCCGCCCGCGGUUACUUCGGGGCCCUCCCGAUGGUUACUGCUCCACCGCUUUUGCCCCGGAUCCCGGACCCACGGGGCUUGCCCCCCACUCUCUUCCUCCCUCACUUCUUAGGGGGAGACUGUCCCUGUCUGACCCCUCAUCCCUCGCGCCCGGCACCUCUGCCCAACUGCAGCCUCGACGGCGGGGGCACCCCUCGGGCAGCACCAAAGAAGCGGCGAAAGAAGAAGGUGCGGGCCAGCCCGUCGGGGCAGCUUCCCAGCCGCUUCCACCAGUACCAGCAGCACCGGCCGAGCCUGGAGGGCGGGCGGAGCCCCGCGACGGGCCACGGCGGAGCGCAGCAAGUCCCGGACCAGGCCCAGGCCGCCGCCUGGGCCCCGGCUCCUGCGACCGCAGCUCGAACUGAGGAAGCGAGCCCUUUCCCUGGCUCGCUGCCGCCCGCGGCGCCCGGCCAACCCUCGUUCAGUAGAGAGGUUGUAAAAUCAAGAUGGGAAAAUCGGAGAAAAUUGCCAUUCCCCCACGGCCAGCUUGUUCAUGGUAUACACUUGUGGGAACAACCAAAGAUAAACAGACAGAAAAAGCAAAUAUAACUUACCACUAACCAGAUCACCUCUGCAAAAAGAAAGGAAAAUAACUUUUGGCAGAAUUCUGUUUCAUCUGAUAUAAUUCAGAAGCAGGAAAAAAAGCCUUUUAAAAAUACUGAGAAUAUUAAAAAUAAGCAUUUGAAGAAUCUCAUUCUAACUGAAGUGAGCCAAAAGGAGAAUUAUGCUGGGGCAAAGUUUAGUGAUCCACCUUCUCUAGUGUUCUUCAAGCCUCCUAGCCACUGGAUGGGAAGCACCAUUGAAAAUUCCAACCAAAAUAGGGAGUUUGAUAGCGUACACUUAAAAACGCUCCUAAAAGUUCAAACUUAGAUCUCAGAUUUCAGUAUGUAUGUAAAACAUAGCUUUUCCAAAAUCCCUGGACUCUUGAAAAGCAGUGGUACAGAAAUGGAAAAUUACCUUGUUGCAAUAUACAAGGGCAAAAGAUGAGUUGUAAAAAUUUACAAACAGCUUGUAUUAUAUUUUAUAUUUUGUAAAUACUGUAUACCAUGUAUUAUGUGUAUAUUGUUCAUACUUGAGAGGUACAUUAUAGUUUUGUUAUGAAAGUAUGUAUUUUGCCCUGCCCAAAUGGUAGGUGUUUUGUAUAUAUACAAUGGAGAAAUUUAAGUGUGCUAAGGCACCUGAAAGACCGAUUUAUUUGCACAAGGUACUGAGAUUUUUUUCAAGAAACAGCUUGUCAAAUCUCAAGGUGAAGAUCUCAAUGUGAACAGUUUACUAAAAUGCACUACUGAAGUUUAAAUCUGUGGCACAAUCAUUGUAAACAUGGGGUUUGUUUAUGUUUCUCUAAAUUGAUUUCUGCCUUCUAAUCUGGUAAUUACUGGAAAAACUCCUAUUCUACCAUUUUACCAAACUUAAUUUCUGGGUUUUGGUUUAUAUCCAUUCAUAUUUAAAAUUUUAAUGCCAACAAAAUCGGUUGUAAUCAAAUUUUAAAAUAAUAAUAAUUUGGGCCCCCCCCUUUUCAACUAGUCUUGACUCUUUGUGUGUGAUUGUUUUUUCAUGUUUGAAUGUGGUAACUAGGAGAUGGAUUUUAACUUUCCAUUUUAGCUGGCUAAAUGUCUAUACUAAUUGUACAUCCUCCCUCUGAAAGCUGGAGAGUCAGUAAUUAACACUACUACCUCUAAGGGGAGGAAUUCCCAUCUCAUGAAUGGAAAUGGUUGUGGGCAAAAGUAAAGCUGAUUAGCUUAUAGCUUAGAAUAUGCAUUUAUUUUUGAGCUUUUCAUAAAAUACCAUUUGACUUACCACAUAUUUACAAUGAAAGAAAAUGGCACUUGUUUGAUUUGCAAAAUUUAUACUGAUACUGAAUGGGAUACUUGAAUCAAAGCAAAUAUAAUUGAUGUUAAAAUAUUAGAUGGAGACUUUGGAAUCUCAAGCUUGCUUGAAGUUAUGGCAGCAUAUGUAUUUUUACUUUAAAAUUCAAACUUCUACUCAAUAGUGUAUCUAUAAAGUCUAUUCCAGUAAGAAAUUCUAGAACACAAUUUUCCCCAUAUAGUUUUUCAUUAUAUUAUACAAGGCCAAAGUUUAUGCCAAAUAAUACAAAGGAAAAAGUAAUUGGUAAUGAGUAAUUGGUCAAUAUUUAGACAUGUGAAAAAGUAAAGGUGUUCAGAGGCUAUAUAUGAUCCUAUAAGGUAGUAUAGAUAAGAAAGGUGCUACCAUCCUGAGGAAGAAAUAAAUGAGCCUUAAGUCUCAACUUCUUGUAUCUUUUGGUUCACACAAGAAGGGAGGACACUUACCUAACCUUACUUAGAAUCACUAUUGACUUAAUAAGCAAUGCCAGGAUGGCAUGAUGACUUGUUAUAGCCACCUCAAAAUCUGAGAAUUUCUAAUAGAUGUGGUCACUAUACAGCUUGUCAACACCCCAACCAAUCAUUUUUCUUGGCACUGACUGUAACAUGCUUCGUUCUUAAAUGAAUUUAGAGAAAGUUAACUUCAUUUACAUAUAGGUAUAUAUAGAUGGAUUUU